CUUUUUUCCUUUUUUCCUUUCCUGCUUCCUUUCCUGCUCUGCUGCUCUCGUUCUUUCCCUGUUCCCUUUCCUGCUCCCGUUCCCUUCUUAUCAUGGCCAACAACAACCACAAAUUCCCGUCCACUGAGACUGCUUGGAAAAAGAACGUCGCUGAGCAGGGGCUGACAGGGGCCUCCAUCCACAACAUGGACCACACGAAGUCGGGCUCCAAGACUGACUGGCCGCAAUUUCUCCUCUGUCGUGUGUUAUACCAAGCGUACAAUGCCAAGAAGUUCCAGACAGAGAUGGAUACGAACCCGCCAGUUAUCGAAAGCCCGGACAGUUACGCAAAGGCCCGCCAACAUCUCAAGCGCUACGAUGCCUGGAGAGCCUACAUCAACAACAUAUUUGAGCCCAAGCACACCACCAUGAAACAGCGCCCGUUCACAAACCUCGGAAUCUUCUCCCUUGUCAGGUACCACCAGCUAGCCGCUUACCAAGUCCCGCAAGUCGAUUAUUAUAGCGACGAUCCACCCAAAACAGCAAUGAAGACUCGGUCACAGACGGAAGCCGCGCGUGGUAAAGCCACGAGCCACCCACCGUCCACGCCAGAACUCCCCGCUGACGACUCGGAGAGUGUCGUACUGGCUGGCUUCGCCAGCCUCGACUUAGUUGGCGGAGGUGACAAACCACACGACAGCCCAGAGGCCCGCUCGGCUAUAUCGGAACAUUCAGGUUACACGCCGGCGGAGAUCGCCUAUUACAAGGCUAGCAAGGAUGAGCAAAUCGUCAACAUGGCUUUGAUUUUGUACCUCAAUGCCCUCACCAUUCAGUUCCCUGAGGUCAAAGGGGACUGGUCGCUGCAUCGGGGUUCGUUUGUUUUCAAAAACAGGGCUGAGCCGCAAAAUCCUAUCCCGAUUUUCGAAGCGAGGGUUGACGGCUACUUCGAAACGCACUCCCGGGAAAUCGCCGCUAUCGUCGAGGCGAAGUCAGCCUUACGGGAAUCAACGCGUGAGAAGAUCAGAAUGCAGGAGGCAUCUCAAUUCGCAGCCUGGAUCAACCAGCACCCUCCCCAGCAGUACCAGAAAGAUGGGACAGCGCGACGGCUCAUGAUUUCCCAAGACCGGCACGAAAUUUAUGUUACCGUUGGAACUUUCACCCCAGGCUACGUGGCUUACAUUACGAACUCCCCUCAAACGAAACCCCGGACGCGGAGCCAAAGCCUCGAGUUCCUCAAUUUAACGGAGUACGGACCUUUUUCCACCAUCAAGGACAAACAUAUGGAGGUACUCGGGAGAGCAAUGCUUGCCUUUUGUACGGAGGCUUGUUAAGGGAAACGUUGCAAGAAUGGCAGCAGUGUGCAGGUUGCCUUUGUUUGGAAAGAUGAAGGGAAAGCAGUCGAACGGCAGGUAUGGUAAGCUUGGUUAGAAUGACAUUUGGUGAACUAAGCGUUGGCGAUGGUAGAUUAGGUCCUGUGGACUGCGGCGAGGAUGAUCCUGCUGUUGGUAUUAAGCACGGGAAAGAAUUUGCUACUUUAUUAAAUCGGAUGCUUUAAAU